AUGAUGAAGUAUAAACCACAGAAGAUUGAAUUUAAUACUCCAACAGAGUUAACAAAUGUUCAAGAUAAAAACUAUACUGUUAACAUAUUCAAUCGUCCAAAGAUAUUAAAUUCUAGUAAAGAAUUAAUUAAUGAUGAAGAAGAUGAAUUGCUUUACACAAUUAAAUUCGAUAAAGAAACAAACAAACCAAUCAUCUCAUUAUUACAUAGUACUGGUACAAGUGAUACUGCUCUCAUUCCGACUCUAAAAUGUUUAAUCGUUCCAAACAGAGAAAACAUGGAUAAACCCAAGAUUAUAAUUAACUCUCAUUCCAAAGAAAAACAAUUCAAAUUAAUUCUCGAUACUGGAAGUAAUGUUAGUUUAAUCAAUAAGAGGUUGAUUUCAAAAGAUAUGAAGAACCACGUUCACAAAACGAAAGCCAAGAUUAACUUCCCGCUACUAGACGUCAAAGAAGAGUUUGUUGAACAAAUCAAUAUACAAGUUAACAAUGAAAUUCAUAACUUCUUUAUUAUAGAAUUGGAUAUCAUUGAUGUACUUUUCGGUAAUGAUAUCCUUAAGGACUCUAUCAUUAACCAAAAAGAUAAAAUAAUCAAGUUGAAUAACAGUACAUACAAAAUUAAUUAUCAACAGUCGAAUCAAUUACAUUGUAAUGUAAAAGCUCCAAGAAAACAUGUUACCGUAUCCAAUGAUAAUCAGUCACAGUCACAUAAUCUACUAGAUGAUGAUGAAGAUAUCAAAGAACAAGUUACAAAGUUUGUUGAAAGCAUCCCAUCACAACUUUGUGAUAUACUGGUUAAAACUAAUCCAGAAGAAGAAGAGAUACAAGCAGUACGUGAUUUCAUUAAUGAUUCAUUCGAAGAUGUUAUAGUAGAUAAACUUCCUGAUAUUCCAGAUCAGAUUAACAAUUCCAGAAGAGGUAAUAUCAUACAUAAUAUCAUAAUAAAGAAAGAUCAAGAUGUUGAACCAACAAAGAAACAAAUCUAUUAUUCAACAGAUGAUCAUAAGAGACAUGUCGAAGAAAUGGUUAUCAAAUUUAUAGAUUUAGGUAUUAUCAAAAGAUCAGAAUCAAAUUACUCAUCUCCAAUCAUGUUAUUAAAGAAGAGAGAUUCAUGGUGUGUAGUCCACGACUAUCGUCAACUAAAUAAAGUCACUGUUAGAGACGAUCAUCCAUUCACUCCGGUUGAUAGUCUUUUAAAUCAAUGUAAAGAUUCAAAGCUUUUCUCAAAGUUUGACAUGAUUAUGGGUUAUUUCCAAGUGUUAAUUAAUCCAGAACACGCAAAGUACACCGCUUUCAUUACACAUAUUGGUAAAUUUGAAUAUACUAGAAUGCCACAAGGUUUAGUCAACUCUCCAUCCACAUUCGCCAGAUUGAUGGUCGAAAUAUUUGGAAAAAUCAAAAGUUUAUUACAAUACUUUGAUGAUCUUUUGGUUCAUUCAAAACUCGACUACAUGGUACAUUUCAUUGAAAUAAUUAGAAUGCUUCUAUAUUGUAGAAAGUACCUAUUAUUCAUUUCAAGAGAAAAGAGUGAAAUGUUAAAGACUGAAGUAGAUUUCCUUGGUUUCCACAUUCAUAAAGAUGGUAUAUCUCCAAGAGCUGCAAAGGUUAGAGCUAUCUCUGAGUUACCUGAACCAAGAAACGCCAAAGAAGCUGAAGCUGCAUUAGGUCUUUUUGGAUUCUUCAGGAGACACAUUGAAAAUUACGCUGAAAAAACCUAUCACCUUUCCAAAGAAUCAAAAGGAAAAAACAAGAAAACACUUUCUGAUGAAUCACUCAAAGAAUUCAAUAAUCUAAAGAAAGAGUUUGAAGGUGAAAAUAUUGUCGCUAUUCCAAUUGAACAAGAUAACUCCAUACCAAUAGAUAUCGAAAAGGUUAAAGCAUCAACAGACAUGCCAAUCCAUUCAGAUAAUAAUAAUCUAAACAAUGGUAGUUUUCACUUGUAUUGUGAUGUUAGUGAUAAAGCAUUAUCAGGUGUAUUAUAUCAAAUUCAAGGUAAUAAAUUCAAAGUCAUUUGGUUUCACAGUAGAAAACUUACUGAUACUCAAAAGAGGUACAGCAUAGGUGAUAGAGAGUUCCUUUCAAUCAUUGAUUCUCUAAAGAAGUUUCAACAUUUAUUAAUUGGUAAAAAGGUUUCAAUCUACACUGAUCACCAAAAUCUUACAUAUAUUAUCAAUAAGUCAAACGAUAAACCGUUCACAAAGAGACAAGAUAAUUAUAUGAAAUAUAUUAAAGAAUUUGAUUAUGAAUUAAGACAUAUAAGUGGUAAAAAGAAUGGUAUAGCUGAUUUUUUAUCUCGUAAAUAUGAUAAUUUCCAAUGGGAUGAAUCGUUUUUAAAUAAAAUUAAGGAAGAACAAAUCAAUUCUCAAUGGCUAUUAGAGAUGAAAAAGAAUCCAAAUUUAUGCAUUGAAGAAAUUAAUGAUAUCUGUUACCUUAGUGAAGAUGGGUUCAAGAAAUUAAUCAUCAUAGAUAAAGAAACUAUUCAUACCGUCAUUAGAGAAUAUCACGAUACCAAAUAUAGUGGUCAUCACGCUUUAGAUAUCACAUACAAUAAUAUAAGACAAGAUUACUAUUUCAAAGAAAUGUUUUCUAUUAUCAAGAGGUACAUAAAGUCUUGUGCAACAUGUCAAUUGAACAUUAACCGUAAAGAUAAUGGUAUACUCCAAAGUUUAGAAAUUCCCUUUGAAGUUUGGAGAGAUAUAUCAAUCGAUUUCUUAUCGCUACCAAAAACAAUGUAUGCAAUAAACGGAUUUACAGUUGAAGUCGAUCAAGUUUGUGUCAUUGUUUGUAGAUUAUCUAAAAUGGUUCAUAUAGUUCCAUGUCAUAAGACAAUAGAUGCCCAACAUACCGCUCAAUUAUUGUUGAAUCAUGUGUUCAGACUCCAUGGUUAUCCAAGAACAAUCGUCUCCGAUAGAGAUCCAAGAUUCCUUUCAGAAAUAUGGGAGAGAUGGGCAAAGACGAUGGAUUCUAAACUCAAGAUGACUGUGGCACACAGAGCACAAGCUGAUGGUCAAACUGAAAGAAUGAAUAGAGAAAUUAUUAGAAUAUUAACUAAAGCCUCAACAGAGUAUGGGGAGAAUUGGUCAGAUAUCAUUCCACUUAUUGAAUUUGCAAUGAACUCAUCAAUGAGCAAGUCUACAAAGAUGUCACCAUUCCAAAUCGUUUAUGGAUUCAAUCCACCAACUCCCGUUAAUCAUUUCAAUUCAUUAACAAAGACUCGUAUACCAAUGAGCAACAUCAAAAAGAUUGUCCGUGAUAAUAUACUAGAUGCUCAAAUCAAUGCUCAAAAGUAUUACAACCGAGGUCGUGGUGAUGUUAUCUUCGUAGUCGGAGAAAAGGUGAUGGUUAAAAGAAAAUUCUUCCAAACUAAUCUUUCAAAAGAUCUAAUCUCUCACAAACUUGAAUCCAAGAAUUGUGGACCAUUCAUAAUCACUGCCGUUCAUGGUAAUAAUGUAACACUCGAUUUAGUAGGUUAUCCAAAGAAACACAAUGUGUUCAACAAAGAUCAAAUCGUAAAACUAUACGAGGACAGUGAGUGGUUAAGAGAAGAGAUAUCGAUGCCGGAACCUGAGGAGAUGGACGAAGCAAGUUACGAAGUUGAAAGUAUUCUCAAUCACGAUAAAGUCAAAAAGAUGUACCUAGUGAAGUUCAAAGGUUACCCAGAACCUGAAUGGAUCAAAGAAGUCGAUACAGACUGUGAAGAGUUAGUCAGAGAGUAUUGGAAUAACGUGCAGAAGAAACAAUUGAACUCAAGAAGAGAAAGAGAGAAUGUAACUACAGAAGCCGUUGAGCCAAUUGUGUCACCUCCACUCUCCCAAGAAGUUCAAAGUUCUCAAACAUUGCAACCAAUUACUCCAAGACAACAAAACUCCAUCUCAAAUCAAAGAAACCAAUCAAAGAAAAGAAAAUCAAGAAAUCAAAAUACUUCAAGUGAUGAUGAUGAACUUGAUCUUAGUUUACAAAUUAAAACAACUAGAUCAGGAAGAAAAGUUACACCCAAGAUCAAAAAAUAA